AUGUAUUCUGAGAAGCACGUGAGUUCAGAAACUUCUAGCGAUCAGGAACCUAGUGGUUGCUCGUUGCCUCCUGAUAGCGCCAAAGAUGGUCUUGGCCGUUCUUAUGAGUGUACCUACUGCAAAAGGGGGUUCACAAACGCUCAAGCCUUAGGAGGUCACAUGAACAUCCAUCGAAAAGACAAAGCCAAAGCUAAACACCAACACGCUCUUACUACAACUACUAGUGCUUCAGCAAACACGAACAAAGAUCACUUGAUAGUUUCUCCUAAUUCUUUCAAACUUGUUCCUAAUGAGGAGGCUAAUUAUUUGAGGUCUUCUUUUGUGUAUCCUACGGGUGAUCAUGGCUAUCAAUUUACAGCAUCAAACCCUAAUUCGCCAUGGAGUUUUGCUGCAUCGGAGUUCCAUAGUCGUACCCUUCACGAGGAGAGUUUGAGGGUGAAUCUGAAUCUUGGAAUUGGGACCUCUGAAUUGGAUGUAAGCAAUAUAGGGAGUACGAAGGUUGGGCAAGAAGAUUGGUUUGAAAAAGAAGUUGAUCUGGAGCUACGUCUUGGUCAUUAUCCAUAA